CCUCGUGUUCCUUAUAAAACCCCCCCAUCGAUCCCUUACAGACAUCCUCCGUCUAGAAGUAUUGAUAAAUCUCCGCCUAGGGGUGGUACGUCUAAACCUUCUCAACCAGAUCCUCGUACCCUCAAGACUUCAUUUUCAUCGAGUCCUACGGUAUCUUCUCAGAAAAAGGGAGAUCCACCUAGAGGUUCUCGGUAUGCAUUUAAUCGUCCUUCGCCUAAUCCAUCUCCUCAGUGUUCGGAGCAGAUGAAUGUUCAACCUCUUCGUUCUAUAGCUCCUCCUACCGUGACGCCUUCUCAGAAACCCAAGGCAUCGCAAACCACUGUCUUGGUGAAGUAUCCUUCUUCAAAAGGGGUUGCAUCGAAGGUAGACCUAUCAAGGAACGUUGCGACCAAGAGGAAGGCUUCAGAUAUGAGUCUUCCGAAGAAUCCCGUCAGGCAAGACCGUAUCUUCCAAGGCUGCCCCAGUUAUCCAAAGUAUCUCAGUUUCGAAGAAGAAGAAGAAAAAGGUCUCUUAUAAUCAUAUUGAUCUAGAAGUUUUCAAGACUAAGCAUGGUCUUGAAGCCUUCGAUGUUAAGUUUUACAAUCAAGGAGACAAUCUCACAUAUGAUAUGAUCGUAAACUACAAUACGAUGCUUUCCAUCUGUUGACGACCGUAGGGGGUUUCGAAGCUGGUCUUAUAUUUCCUUUGUAUAAAUCAGGUGACUCUUUCUACUACGAUGCUUUGGAAAACCGUGAGGGUUCCACUUCUCAUACCCACCGUCGCUCAGUAGUUUAGUUGAGUGGGACCUACCUUCGGACACUUAAGGAGUGUUAUCUUCGGAGAAAAUGUGAGACGAUGAUGACAUUCUAUGCUCCUAAUCUUGCGGAGAAGGACUGGUAAACCCCUGAGAACUUCAAUGAUUCUUUUGGGGAUUAUGUCAAUGAUAGGAGUCGGAAACCCUGGAGCGUUGGUCUUUGUACAAUGGCAGCUUCCCAGGGUGAGGUUCGUCUUCUAAGUGAAGUGAGUGACUCGAAGCUUAAGUUUGUCCCUAGUACUGAAGAGACUGGAAAUCCGAGACUUUUUCCAAAAGACGAGCGUCUCAAACGUGAUCACGACUAUGAGUGGCAUGCCACCUCCAUUGAGGUCAUUGGACCCUGGUCUCAUGGUUGGGUGCCCGGUCUACAUGGAUGAUGCCCUAUUGCUGGUAGCCAGCCUCGUGAUGGUGCUCCGUCCCGCUAUGGUGACUUCUGUCCUUGGCGGCUGAAUUUUGCUGGUAUGAAUUUUGAUUAUACUGUUGAUGCCGCUGAUGUUGAUGAAGACGAGAGUUUUGAUGCGAUUUUUCCUUCGAAGGGUGCUGCCACUGUUAAGGUAUAAUUACAUAUAAUAGUGCGUGGUACUUAUAUGCUUUCCCCUGGAAUUAGACGUUGAUUAUAUGCUUGUUGCAAGCUACGAGAAAGAAAAAGCUUGGUCUUGUUCAGUCUUCUACCACCGGUGUGGGAGAAAUGGAAAUUCCCGAGGUUACCAGCCCGGAGAACGAUGAAGGAAAUUCCGAAGAGGAGGUUAUCGAUGAUGAGGAACGUACUGAUGCUUCCCAGCACGACCAUGAAGAUGACGAAGAUGUUGAUGACAAAGAUGAUGGAGAGAAAGUAGUUUCUGAGGAUGCUGAGGCUCGCGCCGCUAGAGAGGCCGAAGAAAGGAAAAAAUCCGAGGGUCGGGAGACCGCUGCCGAUAAAGGUGCCACCGUUGAUGCAUCUUCUGAGGGCUUCGUACAGGCCGUGAUGCACGAGGGGGACGAUGCUCCCUUUGAAUGGUUGAUGAAUAAAGCCUUGAUGUGCGUUCCUAAUUGUGCUCCCGCGGUUCCUGGUGAAAGGGAUUAUCAUUACUUCACCCGUCAAAGGACGAAGCUGUCGUUUGAGGAUGAAGUCGCGACGCUCUGGGAAAAGGAUUUUGGAGCUACUUCAACUAGUAUGUUGGUUGAUCCCCCUUCAUCCAUUGAUGAUAUGAUGGAUAUAGCUGAUGGGUACCAAUAUCGUUUCCCUCAGCAACACAUUCUUGAGCUGGUGAGGAGCGAGUAUUGCAACCGUACAUUGUACCAGUUCUUUAGGGCGAAGGCCCUUAAGCUAGAGGCGAAGCUACGCCAGAGAGAUGACCAACUGAAUUCGGCUGAGGAAAUCAUUUUGGCUAAGGAUAAAGAGAUACUGGAGCUGAAAGAAUAAUUGAAGGGAAAAUAGCAGUUGGGUGCCACGGAGACAGAACUUCGUCAGGAAGUAGUUUCUCUUAAGGAUGAGUUAGAGAAAGCUCGAGCAGAGGCGUCGUCCAAAGCGGGCGAUGCCAGAGAAUUAAUGUGGCUUCGAGGUGAGAGAGCUCGUCAAGCUUCCCGGACAAAGAAGUUAGUUUCAAAGAUCAUAAAGGAAGCCGACAAGUGGAAUGGCCGCGCUGAUCAGCACAACAAGAUGUUGGUCGAUGUGCGCAAGUAGAUGGAGUAUGUUAUAUCUUUGCGAAAUUCUCUAUCCAAGGCUUUACUCCGUAUGAAAGUUCCAUGGAAUGGACUUGUCAAUCUUUGCAUGAGGCGAGAGAUGAAGUUUAUCGGUUAGAAGCAAAGAUGGCUGACUUAAAAGUGGAGCUUCUUCAGGCUCGAUCAUCUCAUGGUCUUGAUGUCCAAAAAUAUAUACAUCGAUGGGUUCGUGAGAGAGACGAUGCUAGGGAAGAAGCACAUGCUCUCAGCAAGUCCUUGUAUGCUUCUCGCGCCGAUGUUGCCCGUUUAGUUGACUCAGAGAAGGAUCUUGAGGUUAACAUGUACAGAGUUACCAAGGGGAUGGGGGAAAUGAGUACUGAGGUCAAUCGUCUUCAUCAUUUAGACUCUAUGAAGCAGAGCUCGAGGGACAGCUUGGCUUCGCAAAUGAGAAGCUUAAAGAAGCUCAAUCUGACUUAGUGUAGCAGCAAGGACAAACCAAAUACUUUGAAGCGCUGACUGGGUCACCGGAUACAUCGGCAAAGGAGGCAAACCAGGAAGUAGCGCGGUUGAAGUCUUCGCUAUCACAGUCUGAACUUAGAGCUGAUGUUAUUGCGCAUAAGGCUCGUUGUCAGCUUGCCGAAGAGGUCAAUAAGACCUUGAAUAGGAUAGAGCAAGGACUUUCGAAAGAGCAUGGCCUCAUUAAGAGAUACAUUCGCUGCCCCGUGCCCGAGCCUUUCACUUUUACCUCCGAUCCAUCUUCGGGUGGUAACGUCCCUUCGUAUCACAAGAAGUGUCCAUCCGAUCGCAUUGAGUCUUCUGAGGAAAAAUAGGCCUCUGGGUUGGUGUAGAAAUUUGAUCUCUAUUGAUUACUUGGCUUCGGGCCAUUUUUUGUAUAUCAGUUGUAUUUUUUUCUUAACUCUGUAGGCUUGUAAUCAAUC